AUGGGGGAUCUGCCAGGACGCAAGGUCUUCAAGGUGUUCAAUCAAGAUUUCGUUGUUGAUGAGAGAUAUACUGUCACGAAAGAGCUGGGCCAAGGUGCAUAUGGAAUUGUUUGCGCCGCAACGAAUUCGCAGACGGGGGAAGGCGUGGCCAUCAAGAAAGUGACCAAUGUUUUCAGCAAAAAGAUCCUUGCAAAGCGAGCUUUGCGUGAGAUCAAACUGCUGCAGCACUUUCGCGGCCACAGGAAUAUUGCCUGUCUGUAUGACAUGGACAUUCCGCGACCGGAUAACUUCAACGAGACCUAUCUCUACGAAGAAUUGAUGGAAUGCGAUUUGGCUGCCAUUAUAAGGUCUGGCCAGCCGCUCACAGACGCUCACUUCCAGUCCUUCAUAUACCAGAUCUUGUGUGGCCUCAAAUAUAUCCACUCUGCGAACGUCCUGCACAGAGACUUGAAACCUGGAAACCUACUUGUCAAUGCCGAUUGCGAGCUGAAGAUCUGCGAUUUUGGCCUGGCAAGAGGUUUCUCGCAAGAUCCCGAGGAAAAUGCAGGAUACAUGACAGAAUAUGUCGCAACCCGAUGGUAUCGCGCACCAGAGAUUAUGCUCAGCUUCCAAAGCUAUACUAAAGCGAUUGAUGUCUGGUCCGUCGGAUGUAUCUUGGCUGAGCUGCUGGGUGGCCGGCCAUUCUUCAAGGGCCGUGACUACGUCGACCAACUCAACCAAAUCCUCCAUUAUUUGGGCACUCCGAAUGAGGAGACGUUGUCGCGAAUAGGGUCGCCACGCGCUCAGGAAUAUGUUCGGAAUCUUCCCUUCAUGCCCAAGAUCCCCUUCCAGAGGUUGUUCCCUCAAGCGAAUCCCGAUGCACUUGACCUGCUGGAUCGAAUGCUGGCAUUCGACCCCUCGUCUCGUAUCACAGUGGAAGAUGCCCUGGAGCACAAGUAUCUCCAGAUUUGGCAUGAUGCUUCCGAUGAACCUGCUUGCCCCAAGACGUUUGACUUCGCAUUCGAAGUGGUCGACGACGUUCAAGAAAUGCGCAAGAUGAUUCUCGAUGAGGUGUUGCGAUUCCGCCAUCAUGUUCGCCACCAACCUUCUCAGACCCCAACGACCAAUAUAGCUCUGCCGAUUCCAGACAAUCCAAAACAAUGGAGUCACGAAGACCCGAGGCCACAAGAGGCUGGGGCUGUUGUUGGCAAUGACCUUGAGCAUGAAUUGCAAGCGGGCGCAGACAUGAUGAGACGAUAG